CGCGGGCAGCGCUGGACGAGGCAGACCGGGCCUUCAUUGCGCAGUAUCCGCUGCCCGACCACCGGCUGGUCAACAUCUACAUAAACCAGCGUAAGUCUGAUGAGCUCGAGCAGUAGUGAGUGAGUGAGUGAGGGCAGUGUGCUGACGGGCGCAGAGCUGAUCAAGCUGGGCAAGCGGAUGAACACGCGGCAGCAGGCUCUAGCAACAGCUCAAGUAUAUGUGAAACGCUUCUUCACGAAGGUCAGCAUCCGGCGGACAAACCCCUAUCUGCUGCUCACGACGGCCUUCUACCUUGCGUGCAAGACGGAGGAGUGUCCGCAGCAUAUCAAGUAUGUCGUCUCAGAGGCUAGAGGACUAUGGCCGGAAUUCAUACUAAGCGACAGUGCAAAGGUCGGAGAGUGCGAGUUCUGGCUCAUCAGCGAGCUCAACUCGCAGCUGAUUGUGCACCACCCGUACCGAACACUAUCGGACUUUUCGUCGACGCUGACCAACACGGCGAGCUCGGGGCUGACGCUGAGCUCCGACGAGAUCGCGCUGGCCUGGUCGGUGGUGAACGACAGCUACCUGACGGACCUGCCGCUGCUCCAGCCACCGCACGUCAUUGCCGUGAUGGCGGUGUUUGUGGCUGUGGUGUUCAAGCCGGGAACGAGCAGCGCCAGCACCAGUACAGGGGCAGUAGGCCCAGGCACCCUCACCAGCGCUAGCACCAGCACCAGUACUGGCACUGGCACCGGUCCAGGAACAGGCACGACAAGUUCUGCCGGGAUGGCGGCGGGCAUACGAGAAGGGAUGGGCGACGGGGGCCGGGUGCAGAAGGUCGUCGAGUGGCUGGCGGGCAGCGAGGUGUCGAUCGAGGCCGUGGUGGACUGCACGCAGGAGAUGGUGGCGCUGUAUGAGGUGUGGGAGGGCUACGGGGAGAAGGGCCUGCGCGAGGCGAUAGGCCGCUACGUGCGGGGGAGGUUUCUCGACAAGUAG